GUUGUUGCUACAGUUCCGCUAGCAAUGACACAAUUAGGCAAAACAGAUCAGACAUCGACUGUAGAAUAAUUAUAUUAGUUGAGAAGUCGCAAUUAAACUAAACAUAGAUUUAAAAAAAAAAGAUUUUUACCGACUACAGACUCAUAUCUAUUGUUCAGUACGCUACAUUCUUUGUCUGAUAGAACGAUUUGUUUAAACGCUUAUUUAAAGCUUAAGUUAUUGUUGUGCUAUUGGCAUUGUGGAAGAUGUAUUUAAAGUGGUGUUUCUUAGCCCUGUGCGUAAUCGAGGCAUCACUUUCUGAAUCGUUUGAAUCCGAGGAUAUUGUACCUGUCAAGAUAAAUGGAAGAAGCAACGGUCGAUUUUGGAAAAGAAGUGAAGAACUGCCAAGUUUUAGACUCAGUGCAUUUGGCCGAGAUUUUAUUUUGAAUUUAAUCCCGGAUAACCAAUUUUUAUCUCCUACACUUAUGAUUCAACGCAUCAAAGCCAAUAAUCUCAAAACGUACCGCAGGGCUUCAAAAGCCCAAGUCAGAUCAACCAAUGCUGAAACUGAUUUUCUUGAGAUUAUAAAUACAACUGAAAAGGAUCUGAGAAGUUGUUUUUACUCGGGGACUGUGGAUUCUAAUCACGAUUCUGUUGUUUCUGUCAGUCUCUGUUAUGGCAUCCUUGGAUUGUUUGUUACAGACGGGGAUGAGUAUUUAAUCGAACCCAAAGGGUUCGGCUCUGGGAAAAGGAUAUCCACUGAACAGUUACAUGUUAUUAAAAGAAGGCCACCCAGAGAAAGAAGACAUGGCACCCAUGCUGUCUUUGAUCAACUACAUGACCAAACUCAGGUAAAAGCGGAUGAGAUUAGCUUUAUGCAUGAGGGAAACGAUACACAGCGACUAUUACGAGGGAAACGCUUUGUCUCAGCACCACGAUUUAUUGAGACGUUGGUGGUUGCAGACGCGUCGAUGACCCAUUUCCAUGGAGAUGAGAUUAAGCACUAUAUCCUGACCUUGGUCUCCAUGACCGCCCAGCUUUACAAACACCCCAGUAUCAAGAACUCUGUCCACUUGGUUGUGGUGAAGAUGCUGUUGGUGGAAGAGGAGGAAGUUGGGCCAGCACUCUCCAAUAACGGGGGAGUUGCUCUUCGCAAUUUCUGUGAUUGGCAGCAACGGUUCAACCCGGCUAGCCAGAGGCAUCCUGAGCACUAUGACACUGCUCUACUCUUCACCCGAGAGAAUAUUUGUGGACAUCAGAGUUGUGACACCCUUGGGGUUGCUGAUGUGGGAACCAUGUGUGACCCAAAAAGGAGUUGCUCUGUAAUUGAGGACAAUGGACUUCAAGCAGCUUUUACUGCUGCCCAUGAACUCGGUCAUGUACUGAGUAUGCCACACGAUGACUCCAAGAAUUGUGAGAGGAUGUUUGGGAAACUGGGCAGCUAUCACAUGAUGGCACCUUUGUUCAUUCACCUCAACAAGACAUUCCCCUGGUCUCCUUGCAGUGCUCUAUACAUCACAGAGUUUUUUGAUAAUGGACAUGGCGACUGUCUCUUAGAUCCACCCGAGAGCUUUCUACCGUUACCCAGUGAACUGCCAGGCACUAUGUACAGCCUUGACCGCCAAUGCCAGCAGAUAUUUGGGGAGGAGUUUGUGCACUGCCCCAAUAACUCUGAUAGUGACGUCUGCAGCCAGCUGUGGUGCAGGGAGGAAGACAAGCCCCACUGCACUACCAAAAAUGGCAGCCUCCACUGGGCCGAUGGAACCCAAUGCGCCAACAACAGAAGUUGUCUGCAUGGUGUAUGCAUGUUAGCCCACGAGGUUGGACAACGAAAGGUGGUUGUGGAUGGCAGCUGGAGCACGUGGGGACCAUGGCAACAGUGCUCCAGGACAUGUGGAGGGGGUGUGGAGUUCUCCCACAGGGAAUGCACAGAUCCUGUACCACAGCAUGGUGGGAAGUACUGCGAAGGCCAGAGAGUCCGGUAUCAGUCUUGCAACACCCAGUUGUGUGAGGACAACAAUGGGAAGAGUUUUAGAGAGGAGCAGUGUGAAAAGUAUAAUAGCUUCAACUACAUGGACACUGUUGGAAACAUGAAGCAAUGGAUACCAAAGUACGCUGGUGUGUCGCCCCGGGACAGGUGUAAACUAUUUUGCAGGGCCAAAGGCAGCAGUGAAUUCAAAGUGUUUGAAGCCAAGGUUGUUGACGGCACCACAUGUGGCCCUGACACUACGUCUGUUUGUGUACAAGGCCAGUGUGUCAAGGCGGGCUGUGACCUGGAGAUCGGCUCCAACAAAAGGCUUGACAAGUGUGGAUUGUGUGGUGGGAAUGGCCUCAGCUGCAGGAAGAUCACUGGGUCAUACAACAAAGCCAUUUAUGGAUAUAGCGACAUUGUGACUAUUCCAGCCGGGGCCACGAAUAUAGACAUCAAACAACGUAGCCAUAAAAACAUCAAACACGAUGGAAACUACUUGGCAAUCAAGCGGGGAAGUGGUGGCUACAUUCUAAACGGUAACUUCUCUGUGUCCACCAUAGAGCAGAAUAUCCCUGUUCUGGGGGCUGUCAUGAAGUACAGUGGCUCUUCCACCACCUUGGAAAGAAUCCAGAGCUUUAGGCAGCUGAAGGAGCCAGUCAUAAUACAGUUGCUGGUCACUGUUGGGGAGGCAUAUCCACCUAAGGUCAAAUACACAUUCUUUAUCCCCAAGGAUCUGUCUUACGUGUCUAAAUCCAAAGAGAGGAAGGCCUCUUUGCAUGUAAUCCAGGCUGUUCGUGUGCCCCAGUGGCAUUUGGGCGAAUGGUCUGAGUGUUCCAAGAGUUGCGGCUAUGGGUGGUCCCGAAGGAAUGUUGAAUGCAGAGACAGCAGCGGUUUCCUUUUUAACACCUGUGAUAAUGACUUAAAACCCACAGAUAUCAGAGCCUGUGCUGACCUGCCAUGCCCCAUCUGGCAAAUGGGGCCUUGGUCAACCUGUUCACAAACUUGUGGACAAGGGGAACGCAAACGGAGUGUCAUCUGUAUCGACUAUACAGGCAAGACUGUCGAACCAGAGAAAUGUAACGCUAACAAGCAACCCACGCCAGUGUCAGGAGAAUGCAUUUCCCAAGAUUGCUAGCCAGGAGACUUAAAGACCCAGACAGCUAUGGGAGGGUUAGUGUAGUUGAGUCCACCUGACUGUGCCCAGACUGGGCUUCAAAGAAAAGCAGGUAAAUCCUAGUUUAGAAAUGAGAGAAGAGUGCACUAACUGACACAUCAUGGCCUGAUUUCAUCAUCUUUUAAUGAUGUUUUACAACCACUAGAUAAGUUUGAGCCAAGAUCUACCUCAGGAUGCACAUGUGUUGUUUUAUUGAAACAAAGUUAAUGUGUGUGCACAAUAUUUUUCUCUCCUAAAAGCUAAUACCUUUGCGUAAAACCUACUGGCAAAUAACAUUGCAUUUAAAUAUACCUCCUGCAUAUGCAACCCUGUUUCCAAAAAAGUUGGGAUGUUGUGUACAAUGUGAAGAAACACAGAAUCAUUUAAAUCCUAUAUUCAAUAGAAAAUAGUAUAAAGACAACAUAUCAAAUAUUGAAACUGAGAAAUGUUAUUGUUUCUUAAGAAAUAUAUGCCCACUUUGAACUAGAUGCCAGCAACACUUUUCAAAAAUACUGGGACAGAGACAUCACAAGACUGGAAAAUAGGAGUGUAAUACAGGGUGUUCAGUUCAAAAUGAAUAUAGUCUACCACACCUUUUUUGUGUGCGGAACUAACAUUCUGAACCCCUGAGUUUCCCACCGGAGACGGAUCUUGGGGCUGUAACUUAGCAACAGAAGUAGCCUAGCACAUGUAAUGCAGUCUGGUAAUUUAAUAUGGCGAACUCAAACGACAAGCCAGACCUUGAGGACCCUCCUGUAUACUUCAGGACUCAAGUUUUGUUCCCUAUAAACAUGUUGUGUAUUUUGAUGAGGCCAUCUAAGAGUUGUUUAGCAACACAGAUAGUUCAGUGCCAGGAAAAUGUCAAUUUAUAAUUAUUAGAGCCUGCUGCUACUUUCUAGUGAAGUUUGCUUACUGUAAGGAACUUGAAUGGCAGCUAGAGAGCAGGAUGACAAACUGCCAAUUCCUCCCUUUUCUUCUACAGCAUACACUGUGAAACAUGCAAAGAAGCAAAAGAGGACUUAGACUAGCUCUCUAUAGCUAGCAACCAGGAACCCUAAGCUAUUGUUAGCAAGGCUAACAAAAACAUUGAACUCUGAGUUAGCACUUUUUUGGGGACAGAUAAUACAUUUUUUUCAUAUUAUUAUUUGGAACAUCAUUCUCUAUCGGACAUUGGUGCGGAACCUCUUUCUGGCCGAUGAGUAGUUGCAAAAUGCUGUAAUUGUUUUGUAACUGAAAGUGGCAAUGGACAAAGUUUUGCAUGUCUUUUUUCAUUGUAUCAAAUCGUACCGAACCGUGACUUAAGAUCUUCGGUAUGUACCGAACCAUGACUUUUGGAACAUCUCACAACUAAUUAGGUUAAUUUGCAUUAUGGUAUAAAAAGAGAAUCCCAGAGAGGAUGAGUCUUUCAAAAGUAAAGUUGGGGAGGGGAUCACCACUCAGUGAAAUAUCGUGGAGGAAAAUUGUGCAACAGUUUAAGAGUAAUGUUUCUCAACCAAAAAUUGCAAACAGUUUGGGGUCCUCAUCAUCUACGGGACAUAAUAUCAUUAAAAGGUGAAUUGCACAUCUGUGAAGGCACCAUUAAUGCUGAACAUUAUAUGCAGG